AUGCAAAUAGACUUAACCAGAGUUUCUAAAAGACCCAGACUCUCUAAAAGGCCGAAGAGUGAUAGUAGCCCUUGGAUAGAAAAGUAUGCUCCCAGAAAAAUAGAGAGUAUUGCAGUGAAUCCUCAAAAAAUCAAACAGGUCCAGUCCGCACUUAGCCAAUGUUUACAGGGACUCAUUAAAAUAAUAUUCUUGGUGGGGCCAACUGGAACUGGCAAAAGCACAGUGGCUAGAGCAGUUAGUAGGCUACUUCUCAAUGAAGUGUUUGGAAAGAAUGAAGGACUGGAUAGGGUUUUGGACUAUGAAAGUGGCAAAGGCUCAGAGCAUUUUGCCAAGUUUCUUCAAGAGUGUUUAAUAUUAACACAUACGAAGACUGCCAAAAGCAUUAUAGUAGAUGAUUUACCUAAUUUGAGUAAUGACGUCACCAGAGAGAAGACAAGUUCUGCCCUACUUCGUUGGCUCGACUACAGAGGUUUAACUCCUCCUCUGAUAAUAUGUGUUUCAGAGAACAGCCAAGGAGAAGAGGCAAAUCAGUAUGUUGAAAAGAUGUUUGAUAAGCAAGUUUUGAAUCACAGCAAGGUAGUAAGAAUAAAUUUCAACAAAGUAACACAGAAAAUUUUAGAAAAAGUAUUAAAGAACAUAUUGAGGAACGAGGGAGCCCAAUGCAAAGAUUUGCAAUCAUUCAGCUCUAUGGGCGACAUAUCUAGUGCUAUUAACGGCAUGGAACAAAACGUGAAGCAUGGAUUCAGCGAUGUAAAGGAUGAUGACAUAGGUCUGUUUGAUGCCAUUGGAAAAGUUCUAUAUGGUAGUCGAAACAGUAGAAUGAGGGAGCUUAUAGCGGAUCAAUAUAAGUACAUUUGGAGUCGAUUCAAUUUAUGUUUGCUAGAGAAUUACACCAAUGUAAAAUGGUUUCAUUCACGUAUGGAUAACAAAAAGUGGGAGGCUCUAGAGAGUAUUGUCGACUGCUUAUCGCACUCGGAUCUUUUGAAAGACGUCUAUCUGCCAGUCUUCAAACUGAGAUAUGAAAUGGACAAGUUGGAAAAACUUGGCAAUGUUGAUUCGGGAGCAAAACACAAAAUUAACUAUUUCAGUAAACUGCCCAAGAAAGAAAUCACCGUUAAAUUUGAUCAAUACAAGUAUUAUGAGGAUUUACUGGCAAAACGAAGGAAGAAUUACAAUUCGGCCUCACUAAGUAAAGGUACCACUGACGAGAGUGAAAUAGAAUCCAUCGAAGAUAGUGAAAUGACUACUGAUGACGAACUAGAUAACAUGGAAUUAUGA